AGCAACAAUAACAGUGAGGUAACAAUAGCGCAUGUCCCCUUUUAACAUAAUUAAAUGGUUUACAUAUCUUGUUUGUAAAGGAAACAUUUCAUCAUCUGCUAUUUGGUUAGUAAGCAAUUUUCACACUUUUUGCCAGUUUCAUUCCAUUUGUUUUUCCCCCUUCAUUUUUUUUUUUUUUUUUUUUUUGCACACUUAAAUAUUAUAAAACCUGUAGAAUAUGUCAAUACCUAGAAGAAUAACGAAAGAAACACAGAACUUAGCAAAUGAACCACCACCUGGUAUAGUUGCAGCUCCCGUGCCAGAGAACUACAGACACUUUGAUAUUUUAAUAAACGGACCCGAUGGAACGCCAUACGAAGGUGGAACUUACAAGUUAGAACUCUUUUUGCCCGAGCAAUACCCGAUGGAGCCCCCCAAAGUGCGGUUCUUGACAAAAAUAUACCACCCAAAUAUCGAUAAAUUGGGUCGAAUAUGUCUCGACAUACUAAAAGAUAAGUGGAGCCCGGCACUGCAAAUACGAACAGUACUGCUGAGUAUCCAGGCUCUGUUGUCGUCGCCCGAGCCCGAUGAUCCGUUAGACUCAAAGGUAGCUGAUCAUUUUAAACAGGACAAAAGUGACGCAGAAAAUGUGGCAAGAGAGUGGAACAAAAUGUACGCAAACCACACUUCUUUGUAACUACGGAGAA